CGCUGCGCCACUCUGCGCCCGCCUGUCAGCGCGCACGCGCGUCUCCGCAAUGUCAGUGUGAUCUGUGCUGUGUUUGUGUUUUUAAUUUAAAAAAAAAUCGUGUAACCAGCCAUGUAUACGCAAGAGGUUCUAAGCAAGAAAGAGACGGACAUGUCGAAAAAUCUAGUGACGGGUGAAAUAGAAUACCGGCCGAAAAAGAAGCAAGGAUGCAUGAUAGCGCUAGUGGUGGCUGUGGGUGCGCUUGCGCUGUCCCUUGCUGUCUUGACGGUGGUGAGGGAGAUGCAGAUAUCGAGACUGAGGAGUGAGGUCGAUCAGCUGACUGUCAACAUGAUAGCUGUGACGGCGAACAUCAAAAGUCUUAAUCAGAAGGUGAACAGGGAUUUGAAUGAUUUUAAGACGGUGGAUGAUGACACGAUCUACGCCGACGGCGAGGAAGGCCCCGUGUCCAAAGACUCGGCCAUGGGCAAAUUAAAAGAUGUCACCGUACUGGAGGACGACACGGACGACAUGGAAGAUGAUGAUGAUUACGAGGACGAGGAGAGCGGCUACUGGUACGAGGACUACGACAAGAGGCCUAAGAAUGGCCACACAAACAUGGUGCACCUGAAACAGGAAGAACUACUGGGGUCAGUUGUAACGCAGGGUCAAAAGCGACCUUCCGACCACCCGUCCAACAUCCACCAGAUCCACCGAAUGCUUAAUGGACUAGACUCACAAAACACAGGGGAGCAGAAUGGGAGAGAGGAGGCCGCGGUGCGUGACAAGCGGAGCGUGUUCCCCGACUCCAACGCCAACGACGCCGUCAUCACCAAGCCUGAAGACAGCCCCCGUCGUAAGAUGAAGAAGUACUCAAGCUCUGACUCGCCCAAGAUGUUCAACUUCCAGCACACAGUCUCAAGAACAGUUCGGAACAGUGAUGACGAGGGUCGGCGGCCGUUCGUGGCGGCCCACUUCCACGGCAACACCAGCCAUCUCAACCCGGAGGUGCACGAGCAUUACAAAGGCAACGGCCUAAUCCGCGUGGCCCACGAUGCCGUCCACAACGUGUGGUACCCCGCCCCCUGGACCAUGUCGUCCCCGCACCCGCGCCCCACGCUCACCAACAAGGGACACGUGCACGUGAGAAACACUGGCGUGUACCUCGUCUAUGUGCAGAUCUACUACCUGGACACCCAUGACAUAAUCUCCUGGGUGCUCCACCGCACCAACGCUGAGAUAGAAGGGAGAGAGACACUCCUCCAAUGCGCGCAGUCGUCUCACUCUAGCGAACCCCUCGAGAAACCGAAUUCCUGCUUCUCUGCCGCCGCUUUGUUCUUAAAAACGGGUGACAGAUUGGCCGUCCGGAAUACCGGAGGGGAUCGGCAUUCGUUAAUGGAGCCGGAAAAGAGUUUCAUCGGUCUUAUUAAACUGGCUGAUGCUGAGGAUCCGAAUCAAGAGUUAUAAUUUUUUAGCUGUGUCUAUGUUAGGGCCGUUAUUUUUCGUCUGUACGCGGAAAAUAUUUGGUUGCGUCUAAUUAGUAGUUGUACUCCUGCAAUA